AUGGGUGGUCAGGUCUUUGAUGAUCUAGAGAACGUCGUUGACAUGCUUGGAGAUCGUUAUGGCAAGGGUUUGGCAUGGGCCAAACAAACAAACCAAAAACUCAAAGAUGCUAAACGUUACUUAAAAGGAGACUACAAGGUAUAAACAAGUGAAAGCUUAUUGGAUUUUUUGUAGAUUCGCGCAUGUAAGAAUCAUUCUAGAAUAGUUGAUUUUGUAUCUGAUUCAUAUAUUCUUUUUAGAUUCACAUUUCUAGCAAUUCCGAAGUUGCGGACCACUGCAGAACAUAUGCUCUCAGUUUUCCAAAUGAUGAAAAUUAUACCACCAGCUGUGGUCAUGAGCACAAGGGAAAGUGUGAUAGAUGCAGUAUAUUUCCUGAGACUCUAGCUGAUAUUUGCCCAUCUUUGGAAGAAGUAAAUUGCCCUCUUGAAGAGAAAGAAAACAUGGAGUACGUUACUACACAAGCAACUCAACACUUUAGAUCCUGGAAAGCACAUAUUUUGAGAUCAAUUAAUCAGGACGCAGCACGACACGACAUUUUAAAAGUCUUGGAUUCUCAUUCUGCACUUAUCGUUUUAGACUGGGCAAUGAAAUUCAUUCCUCGCAAAUACCGUGAAAGCCAAAGAGAUCAGUUUGCAAAACGGGGACUUCCUUGGCACAUAGCGGUAUUAACAAAGAAGAAUGAUGAUGGCGACCUCCAAGUUCUUACUUUUUUUCCACUUGUUUAA